GAUUGGCAAUGUGAGGAACAGUGAUAUCCCCUGCAUAACAAACUCAAAAAUGACGUAUAAGGCAGUUGAGCCAUUAAGCUCAUGAGGUCAUUACAUAAAAAAGGCAUGUGAAAGUUAAAACCUUGAAUUUACCACAAGCUGCUUCCAUGAUUUUAGGCAUUUUUUAAGCACUAAAUGCCACAGCCACUUUUUGGAGAAGAAGAUCAUGCCCAUAAUAAUAAUUGAAACCCCAUACUUUCGUGGCUGAUCUCCAUCUUUACGGAACUUUGAUAGGAGUUUAUCAUACGAUUUUACGAUGAAGCGAACACUUUUGUUGUGUUUCAUUCAUGGAUUCAAGGGUGAUGGAGAGACUUUUUAUAACUUUCCACAGGUUAGCUAGAUUCGAGUUCUAUGGUGCAAUUUGGAUAAGUUUACUGACUUUCAACAUAGUCCCUUAAGAAGCAUGUAGCAGAGAAGCUACCAGAUGAUGAUGUUGAACUUCUCAUGUAUCCCAAAUAUGAGACGAGAGGAAGUCUUUUGGAUAGUACCGAUAAAUUUCUCGAAUGGUAUGUGUAGUGCCAACUAGAAUUUCUUCUCAUAAUUAAUCCGAGCCAAUAUCAGGCUGAAAGGAAAGGUUAUGGAGGUUCGGAAAGAGAAGACCCAAAAUCCAUGGCCACCGAAUGAUAGAUCCGUGGGCGUCAUUUUAGUCGCGCAUUCAAUGGGGUAAGAAUUGGAAACUCUACAUGAACCACCAUAAAUCUACUAACAAUAAACUCAGAGGUUUCGUGGCCUCUGAUGCACUUUUCUCCAUUCUUAACGAUCAUCAUGAUCAAGAGGAGAAAGACGCCAAUCAUGUUAUAUUUCCUCUUAUUCAAGGGAUUCUCGCGUUUGAUACCCCUUACAAUGGCCUUGCUCGUUCUAUGUUUGUUUACGGAGCAUUCAGUCAAUACAACAAGGUAAUUCAAAAACUUCAAGAAGUCUGACAAGUGCUAACUUUAAUUAAGGUCAGCAAUAUUUGGAACAUAAUGUCAGCUGCUUCAGCCGGCCUCAUUAGUGCUAGCUCUCUAACCACAAUGUCCGCGAAACAAGCUGCGAGACGUGCAGGCAGUUCUGUGGUAGCUACAACCAGAACUGCUAGCCCGGGAUGGAAGAUAUGGGAAGGAAUUGCUGUAAAAUCCGGUGUUGUGGGAGCAAUUGCGGCAGGUGGUGUGGCUGCCUACAGAAAUCGCGAGACCAUUAUCGCGGGCGUCAAAAAUCUUAACAAGAACUCCAUCAAAGAGGGUGCAGAGCAAGGAUAUGAUGCAUUAGGGCAGGGGCUUGCAUAUAUCAAUCGCGAUAGUGUUGGUCAAUCUUUCGCGUGGUUGUCAAGCCAUCUUAAAUUUGUGGGUGCAUUGAUGAGACAGAAAGAGAUGGUUCAAAGACUUGAGAGACUGUCCAAGAUUGAAGGGAUUGGAAUUCGGAAUUUCUACACUUCGUUGGGAGAGAAUGGCUAUUGGUCAGGUGGAUAUUUUGUUCCUGAAAGAACCUUCUGUGCGAUACCCGCACCAGGACAAAACUCGAAUGAACUCUUCAUUAGAAGUGUUAAUGGUGCAGUCGAGGAUGAAGUUCACGCUCAUAUGAGUAUGUUCAAACCGGAAACCAACGAUAAUUACGACAAGAUGUCCGAACAGGCAAGAGAUUUAGUUGUUGAAUGGUUUCAAAGCGACAACAAAGUUGUGGAUAUACCACCGCCCCUAGAAUUGUUACCAGAGACUGUACUAGAGACUGUACCAGAGAAAGAUGUAAUAGUACAAACAGAAGAAAGUGAGAACUUCACCAGUACUGCUACCGACUCCGAGUCUGUACCAAAUCUAGAUAUGGACGGAGUUGAUGAAUCCCCUCUCGACAUUGUCGCUGCCGCUGCUGCAAUUCCACUUCCUGAUAUCCAGGAAAAUGACCUCGAUGGCAAGCAACGAGAAUCAUAUCUUCAAAGCCUGUACCGAAUCUCUCAAAGAGCGGGAUCUGGUCUUACUGGCGUUGCCACAACUGGAUUAAAGGCAAGUGCAGCUAUUCCCAGUUAUGCUUCCAAAGGAGUUAGCUCUUUGUGGAGCUCAAGCAAGUCUAAACCAGAAAGCGAGGCAUCCACGAACGUGGAAGAAUUAGGUGAAUCUAUGACUAUUGAUGCUGAUGAUGAUGUGAGAAAUGAGGAUAAGAAGGGAUCAGUGUGGGCGUUUCGUUCAUUUUUUCCAUCAAGGGCGAAGAAGGAUGAGAAAGUUGAUAAUGAGGAUGAGGAUGGGAGAAUGGAUGAUUCGAAAGUGGAUAGUCAUAGUAAGUUGACUUUAUCAUCUCGUAAGAAAAGAGUCUAACUGUCUAUCUUUAGGAACGCAGCUGGAAUGAUGGUUUCAAUUUUCCAUGAUUUGAAGGUUAGGUUGCACACCUAGAGACUGUUAUGUAGCAUUGUUAUGAUUGUAAUGAAAGUUCACUAUCAAGGCGA